CUCGGAACAUCAUACUCCCUAGAGACCCCAUCCCUCUCCUCCCUUCUUGAAGGGUGUAUCUCGAAGAAUUAUGACUUUGGUACUGUGUACGGCCGCCUUCGCCAGGUAUGGUACACUGAAGAUUGCAGUACCAUCCCAGAAGAACUAUGCAGAUGUGAACAGAAGGACUACGAGCUGCGACGAAACGCACUGGAUGGAAACUGCAUUGUCAAUCCGGCCAUGGACCCUCGGCGUGCCUGGGAUCUGUACAGUAAUCGAGUCGUGCCGACGUGGAUCGCCCGAUCAGAUUGUUCAUGUCCCAUAUCACAUGCUUGGGUGGAUGAUGGGGAUCGCGUGGAUGUGUGGACGCCCAUCAACGGACACGAAUGGCCCGUGCCCAUCCCAAGCGUAACGAACCUCAACCUCAUCCGCAUCGAGAUGCUGAAUCUAGGCAGGGAGUACGUGUGGUUGGAUGUACUCUGUUUGAGGCAGAAAGGGGGGCUGCGGGAAGAUCUGCGUGCAGAGGAGUGGUUGCUGGAUGUGCCCACCAUCGGGUAUGUGUAU